AUGCAAGAGGAGUUACUAAUAAAUAAAAGCGUGGAUAGCAGUGGGCUAGAAGAGAAGCCCCCAGGAGCAUCGAAAAUGGCGAAAGUAUACCAAGUCAUAGACGUCAAGAAAUACCGCCAUGAGAGUGACAGGGACUUAUGGUACGUCCUGUUUGAGCAUGAACGAGAACGUGGUUACACUUGGCAGCCGACGAGCGUUCUGGGUGUCAUCCCCAAUGAAUUGCGCCACAAAAUGCUGAUCAUGAGACGCAGGUUGAAAGUGGCAGCUCGUGUCAGUAAUGCGAUGCGGCUGGUGUCAUAA